UGAGUCGGGUUGAAACGGUCAUGGAGGGCGCGACUUUUUCAAAAUACUCCUGGAUCGACUUCGUCUUCUCUGUGAUCGGGGUUUGCACUUUCCUGGUGGACUGGGGCUCGGAUGUGUGGGUGGCCACCGAGUUUUACCGCCGCGGGGACUUUUUCUGGUUCGCGGUGCUGGUCGGCCUCAUGGUCCUGUCGUCUGUUGUGGUCCAAAUGUUCAGCUGGUUCUGGUUAAAGUACGACCGACAGCUGCCCGAGUUCAGCGCACACACCGGAGCUGACACCGUGCUCUUCGGGGACAAAGUGAGGAUCUCCUGCCUGUUGCAUGUGCUGCAGCUGGGCUUCCUCUGCAGGCACAUCUCCGCCAUACGACAAGGCUUCAGGGUUUGGUGGCGCAAACAGGAAGGUUCAGAGUACGCUGUGUACCUUACACAUGACCUCAGCAUGCUCCGACUCAUCGAGACUUUCUGUGAGAGCGCUCCUCAACUCACCCUCAUGAUCUACGUUAUGCUGCGCACCAACAAGGCCAGGACGGUACAGUUUGUGAGCAUCGCUGCAUCAACCACUUCCAUAGUGUGGAUGGUGGUGGACUACCACCGUUCACUGCGCUCUUUCCUCCCUGACAAGGCCAAGCAGGGCUGGGGUUCCUCCUUGGUCUACUUCCUGUGGAACUUGCUGCUGAUUGCCCCACGCGUGGCUGCCCUUGCGCUCUUUUCUUCUGUCCUGCCCGGGUACAUCGCUGCCCACUUUCUGAUCAUGUGGUUUGUCUUUGUUUUAUGGGCUUGGCGACAGAGGACUGACUUCAUGGACAGCGUUGGUGGGGAGUGGCUCUACCGGGCCACUGUAGGGCUGAUUUGGUACUUCAGCUGGUUUAAUGUAGCAGAGGGUCGGACCCGAGGCAGGAGCAUCAUCUACCAUUCCUUCAUCACCACAGACGGAGCAAUCCUGCUGGCGACUUGGUGGUUUUACAGGGACCCUGUUCUGAGUGAGUCAUACGCCCUCGCGCUGCUCAUCACUCUACCUCUCACCUACCUCCUGGGCCUGCUCUUCAAAGCCCUCUACUACUGCUGCUUCCACCCCAAGCUGUGGAGGCCCCUGGCGAGGGAUCCAGGACUGCCUGACGAUUUGCCAGAUGCAGUAGUGUCCUUCAGAGAUAUUUCCAUCCAGGACGACACCCUGUCCUCCCAGCUUCUCAACAAAAGGAUGGCCUGCCAUGCUACUCAUUUUUACUCAGACCAAGGAGUCGAUAGAAACACUAAUCACAUGAAGACAGCCGAGCCGUCACAUCUCUGAUAUCUGACUUUGUGUGUAUCACGGCCGACCUUAUAUUCCUGAUAACUGUAAUUGAAUGCAACAAUCUAUCUCUACACUGUCUUCUUUUUGUCUGUUAGAUGCUCGGUAUACUUUAAGUCAAAAUACAGGCCCAAAAACAGUACUUGAAACUAGAAGUGGGAAAUAUGGAUAAAAUCCUUGUCACAAUCUUUAUAUUUUAUAUUGCCUCGUUAAUAUAAUUAUACUGGGAUACAGUACAUUUCUGGAUAAUCAAUUGAAAUGCUGUUAAAAUAAAAUAACCAGACAGGAAUGUCCAUCUAUGACUAAUAAAGAAAAUCAAAUACCUAAAUAAUCAAGGUAUAUAAAUCACAUUGAUGCCAAAAUUCUAUAAAAUUCCAAUAUUUCCAUAAAGCUGUCCUGCCCUAAUGUGCAGCAUUACCACAAUGGCCCAGUCCAUGCAGAUGCAUUAAAGGGAAAGCUACCAUUGUAUAAACGGUGUGUAAAAAUCUCUGUUUACAAAUUCAUAUCCUCACUGUGCACUCUCAUAUCUGUCAUCCCUAGUUGAGAGUAUUUGAAAGAGUGGUCAUUUGAUAUGCUCUUUUAUAAACCUAACACAGUGAAAUAUUAAGCUGUAUUUGAUACAUUUACUACAAAGCGAAUUGUGUAUCUUUUUACAUGAAGUCAACUUUUACGUACAUUUAGUGUGACCAAGACUAUAUUGUUGCUCGUUGUGUGAAUAACUUGUAUUUCCAAAAUACAAACUUGCAGGAAAGAGGAAAAUGUCACAGUUUUAAAAAUAAACAAAUUAAAUAAUAAGUAACAUAAAUACUCAAGUGGUAAUAAAAUAUUAUUACUAAUAAUAGUAAUUAAGACAUUAUCUGGUCAAUUUUGAAUGUUGGGUUUAGUAAGCCUGAAAGGUCUGACAAUUCUGUUUAUUCUUAAUGUAUUUAAUCUAUGAAUUGAAAUUAAUUCAGCGUAAUGUGUGAAACUUUUACAUGACAAGUAUCUAAGUAUGUAAAUUUGUGUGUCGUGUUUUACAGUCGUGUUACAGCUGCUACUACUGGAACCCUGUUGAAGGACUUUGAAUGUAGAUUUCACCUUAAAGCUUCCUUUUUAUAUACUGUAUAUAAUUUAUAUGUCCUGUUACUGUGCUGAACAACUAUUUUAGAUCCAUUUGACAGGGUUUGUAGUUUUUGUGUAAAAACCAGUUCAAGUCAUGUGAUGAUCCUCUACAUGUUAGGUACAGAUAGGUACAAAAGCUAAUGUUUCUUCUGCUGACUCAUCCAGUGUUUGUUUAACUUGUUUAAAUGUUACAUGUGACAAACGCCUGUUUACUUUAGUAUCAGUUCAGACUGGGAGAUUUGUUCUUUAUUUAGCGUUAUUUCCUAAAAGAACUGGUUUUUAUUUAAAUAUCUUUUGAUGUCCUAAAGUUUUAUUCAAGUUGCUGUUUUGUUUCAUGUGUUAAUUUUACAUAAAAUUAAAUUUAAACCUUUUUUUUUUCACUGUACAUUUCAGUGAAUGUAGUACAUCCAAACUGAAAGUCAAGGUCACUAUUAGUUGUUAAUUUUUUUUACCUCAUUUGCUAUGUGCAAUUAAUAAAGUGGUAUCACUGUUUUAUUACCU